AUGGACAGCCCAAGCAAGUCCGCCAACCUGGCGGUAAAAUACCCAAACUCGAGACUACGAUCUCCGAGUUCGAAGUCUGAGCAAGGAGGAGGUGCCAGUCUUCUAGAUGAAGACACAUCAAGAUCGACCAGUCGUCGGGAGUCCUUCCGCGGCCGAAGCGGUCACAGUUCUUCAGAUGCAGUUAUGAUGAAGGAACCGCGUGAAGUCGUAAAAAAAGUCGGUGUAUUAGAUGAAGACGACGUCUUUACGUCUCAGGACGCCCGUGGCAGGCCCGAAAAGCUAAUGCAGGCUUUUAUACCUGCAUCGGGCCCAUCCCGAAAGCUUCGCAGCCGAGCUUCUAACUUGAGUAGCCGAUCUCAAGUGGAAGGUGUAGAUGCCCAGGCUUUCUACCCAGCCACGGCGUGCGUCUUCGUCGCCAACUUACCAGACACGGUCAAUGAUACUCGUCUGGAGCGUGAGUUGACGAAGACCUUUGGCCAGUAUGGAGCCGUUUACGUCAAGAUUCGUCGCGAUCAGCGCAACAUGCCUUUUGCGUUUUGCCAGUUCACCAAGGACGAGGACGCCCAUGCGGCGGUGUCGAAGGCUAAGGGCACAUUGAUUGAAGGACGCCCAUGCCGAACAGAAAUGGUGAAAGCCAACAGAAGCUUUGUAAUCUACAGACUUGACGGGGACAAAGUUACCAUUGGAGAGGCUCAAGUGCAGAUGCAGGGCUUCGGGGCCAUUCGCAGAUGCGAGCAGUUGCACCAGAAGGUGCAAGAGGCCAUGCACAUCCAAGGCGGCGCGUUGGUUGAGUACACCAACUUUGAUCCAAGCCGUGAUGUAAUUGCGGCCUAUCGUCACCAUCCGACAUUUAGGGUCCUACCAUAUGACUUAAAAAAGUCACAAAGACGCAAGGUCGACCCGGACGAGGCGUGGUUGCAGCGCUAUGAAAUCGAUCGUCGAUCAAUUUAUGUCGCGAACCUUCCGGUGGAAGGUGAUGAUGUGCACCUGCAAUUGGCCGAACUUGCUCGAGAGUUCGGAAAAGUCGAGCGUGUCCAGGUUAUCCGCAAGGAGCCCCGAAACGGUCGUCCCCAGGCGGUCGCAUUUGCCUUUGUCGAGUUUGUUCGACCUGAUAUGGCAGAUUAUGCCGUCCAGCACAUGGACGGUAAAAUGCUUGGAGGUCGCCCACUAAAAGUGGAACGAAAAGGACUGAAAGACGGAGCCCGUGAGUCCCGGAAAGAAGCAGAGAAUUCUCGACCUCAACUUCCCGAGAAUCUAAGCAACGAUGAAAGCGAAGAUGGUCCCGUAUACACAGGAGACCAGAGUAGUCCCUCAUAUGGCAAGGGUUCUGCCUAUCGAAAGAAAAAAGGAGCCGAGAGAUCCACGACGGCGGUCCCAAGUGAGCCGGUAACUCCGUCUCGCCACUCGCCGGCAAUGUCGAAAGGGCCUCAAACACCCACAGUUGACCGAUACCAGUCAAGCCGUCGUAAUAGACAAUCCGAUACCCGAUCAACGGGUCAUCGACAGAUUCAUCGGGUCCAAUCUUAUGCAAUGCUGCAGCCAGGCGAGCAGCAUUCACUCUCGCCAGUCCCAUACGGAAUGUACGAAGCGAGUCCGCAAGGUGCCAUGAUACCAUGGCCGAAUACCCCACAAUCGGUAGCUGGGGGCAUGGAGACAGGAGUCUCUCCAGGCUUGGCGACGCCGAUGAGCUUUUAUAACCCGCCGCUCUGGUACACUCCAUAUCUCCAGGAUAGCGGAAGCGGCAAUAUCGAGGGAACUUUGUAUCCUAAUACAUCACAGUUUGCCUCCCCAGCGCAAACUCUACGUCAUGAGGAGUCUCACCAGAGUCUCCACUCACGGUUCUCUCAGCAGAGCCUACACCACCAAGGCUCUCAGCAGAGUCUGCACCACCAAGGCUCUCAGCAGAGUCUGCACCACCAAGGCUCUCAGCAGAGUCUGCACCACCAAGGCUCUCAGCAGAGUCUGCACCACCAAGGCUCUCAGCAGAGUCUGCACCACCAAGGCUCUCAUCAGAGUCUACACAAUCGAGUCUCUCAGCAGUCUCUGCGGCACCGAGACUCGUACCGUUCUCUCCAUCAUAAAGAAUCGCAGCGCUCCCUGCACACUCGGCAGUCACAAGUCCAAUUGCGAGCUCGCCCCUCGACUACAUUUGUCUCCAGUAACCUUGCAUCCGGUGGCGCACGUCUUGAUUCGGAUACUGAUUCGACGCCAACGAAGACAGACAGCAACGGAGGACAGGCCGCAGAUAGCCACCAGUCCGACCAUCAGUCCGAGGAGAGUACGAGUGAUGAGCCCUCUGAGUCCGCGUAA